AUGUCAUCCCAUGGAGAUCCCUGCUCCAUUGGGACACGAGGGCCACCAGGAGAGCCUGGCCCACGAGGGCCCCCUGGUCCCCCAGGAGUGCCAGGAGCUGAUGGCAUCGAUGGUGACAAAGGCCCUGCAGGAUCUGCCGGCUCCCCGGGUGUCAAGGGUGAGCCUGGAGCCCCUGGCCCGGAUGGACCCCCAGGGAAGCCUGGCAUUGAUGGCCUGACGGGAGCCAAAGGGGAGCCAGGAGCCACCGGCAGGCCAGGAACCAAAGGCCAGCCCGGACUCCCAGGGCCACCAGGGCUCCCUGGUCCUUCACUGCCAGGACCCCCCGGGCUUCCAGGCCAGGUUGGACUUCCCGGGGAGAUCGGAGUGCUGGGACCCAAGGGUGACCCUGGACCUGAUGGCCCCAGGGGUCCCCCAGGCCCUCCAGGGAAGCCUGGACUCCCAGGACACCUCCAAGGCCUGGAAGGCAGCGCUGAUUUCCUGUGUCCCACCAGCUGCCCCCCAGGUCCCAAAGGCCCCCAGGGACUGCAGGGACUGAAGGGACACAGAGGCCGCCCCGGCGCCCUCGGAGAGCCCGGCAAGCAGGGAGAGCUGGGCCCCAAGGGGGACGUUGGUGCCUCUGGAGAACAAGGAGUCCCAGGCCCUCCGGGACCUCAGGGCCUCAGGGGGUAUCCUGGCAUGGCAGGACCCAAGGGUGAGACGGGCCCUGCUGGCUACAAGGGCAUGGUCGGGAGCAUCGGAGCCGCCGGGCGGCCGGGCAGGGAAGGCCCCAGGGGACCACCUGGGAGCCCUGGUGACAAGGGAGAGCUGGGUGGCCGUGGCAUCAGGGGACCCCAGGGUGACAUCGGCCCCAAGGGGGAGAAUGGUCUCCCGGGCAUCGAUGGCAAGGAUGGCACCCCAGGGAUCCCAGGAGUGAAGGGUGGCACAGGACAGGCCGGACGGCCGGGAACGCCGGGACACCGGGGACAAGCUGGAUUGCCAGGCCAGCCAGGAAGCAAAGGUGGCCCAGGUGACAAGGGUGAAUCAGGUCCUCGGGGCCACCCCGGUGUCACCGGUGCCCCAGGGCAGCUGGGCGAGCCCGGACCUCGGGGUGAGCAGGGCCCGCAGGGUGUCCCCGGGCCAAAGGGUGACAGGGGCGAGCGUGGCCUCGUGGGGCCGCCUGGGGAGCAGGGCAGAGCGGGGCCAAAGGGUGAGCAGGGCCCACCAGGCAUCCCAGGAGCCCAAGGCUUGCCUGGAGUCAAAGGAGACAAGGGCUCUCCAGGGAAAACUGGCCCCAAAGGCAGCACUGGAGAUCCAGGUGUCCACGGCCUGGCAGGACUCAAGGGAGAGAAGGGGGAGUCAGGAGAGCCAGGACCCAAGGGACAGCAAGGCAUCCAGGGAGACCUCGGCUUUCCCGGCCCCACGGGGGAUGCAGGAGCACCGGGAAUUCGGGGCUAUCCCGGCCCGCCCGGCCCGCGGGGGCUGGUGGGGGAGCGCGGAGUGCCGGGAAUGCCGGGCCCGCGGGGCACAGCCGGCCGGGACGCUGGGGACCAGCACAUCGUGGACGUGGUGCUGAAGAUGCUGCAAGAGCAGCUGGCAGAGGUGGCUGUGAGCGCCAAGAGAGCUGCCCUGGGCGGGGUCGGGGCCAUGGGACCCCCCGGUCCCCCCGGCCCCCCAGGGCCACCCGGUGAUCAGGGUCCCCACGGCCCCAUGGGACCCCGAGGUGUCCCCGGAAUCCUGGGAGCUGCUGGGCAGAUCGGCAACGUCGGACCCAAAGGGAAGAGAGGAGAGAAGGGCGAGCGGGGAGAGGUUGGCCGUGGGCACCCGGGAAUGCCGGGUCCUCCAGGGAUCCCAGGUCUCCCGGGCAUCCCCGGCCACGCUCAGGACGGCAAGGCGGGCGAGCGGGGCCAGCCGGGCUCCCCGGGCGAGGCGGGCCGGCCGGGCUCGCCGGGCCCCGCGGGCCUGCCGGGCUUCUGCGAGCCGGCCGCCUGCCUGGCAGCCUCGGCCUACGCCGCAGCCCGCCUGACGGAGCCGGGCAGCGUCAAGGGCCCCUCGUUCUGA